GUUGAUUCUGUGGCGCACCGCCACGAAUUAGUCUGUGUGGGAAACACUGGAUGAGUCGUUUUCGCAUAUUGAAUACAAUGUAUUUUCCACUGUGCGUGAUGAAACACAGAAGGGCAUGGGCUAUUACUCGCCCCGCCUACCAACGACUUCUUAACACACUAUGAAAAGAGCAAAAAACCGUGCCUUACCUCACUUUUUAGUUAUCAAGACACCCCAUACACGUACACAUAGGCAAAACAAACACAAGGAUAUAAAACUGGAUUAUUUUGAUCGUGCAGUAGUUUGGGAAAGGGAAUAAAACAACACAAGAUCACAGCCGAUAUUUCCAAAACCUAAAGGAUUACAAAGAAGCCUAAAUUGCCGGUUCGUGUGUAUACUUGAAGCAGUCGAUCAGUUCAACAGAUUCCUGAUGUGUGACCUCAGCAUGGACCAGGUAGCCCCCUUGUCAAGUGGCUUCCGCUCAAGCCUCAAGCGACAGACGGCAUUUGACCUGUUUGAAGACCCCAUGUCACUGUUCUCGGGGUACUUCCUUCCUUCAGAUGAAGACCAAUCACUCCAGGAGGUUCCUUCUGGGAUGGACUCCCUCACACAUGACCUUGGCCCCUGCUCUGUGCCUCUGUUGACCCCAUGCAGCAAGGCAGUGAUGAGUCAGGCACUCAAUGACAGUUUCAGUGGAUUCUCCAAGGUGCAGGGCUGCUGUGGAAUCUCCAACAAUCCUCGUAAGUGGACCAGGCAACAUGUGCUUCAGUGGCUCCACUGGGCAGCCAGUGAGUUCAGUCUGGCCAAUGUCAACUUCUUCAAGUUUGACAUGAAUGGUCAGGAGCUGUGUGACCUGGGCAAGGAAAAUUUCCUGGAGCUAGCUCCCGACUUCGUUGGUGACAUCCUGUGGGAGCAUCUGGACCAGAUGAUGAAAGACUGCCAGGAAAAGGAUUCUUGUAAAACUAUCAGCAGUAUUGUCCCCUCAGUUAAUAACUGGAUGAGCUCUGCUGGCUUUACCAAGUGUGCCAUGCGAGUGCCUGAGUGCACGGGCAGUCUUCUGAGGGAACUGUUUGAGAAUACUGAUAAGACGCCUGUUUUGCUCCAAGACCAGGAGUUCUCCAUGUUCUCAAAGCCUCAGCUGAGCACUGUCAAUGUUAGCUACAUCACUAGGAGCCCCGAAUACUCCACGACAAGCGCUACUCCCAAAUCUUUCUCUAAAGACCAGAAUUCCUUGGAGAGUGUGGACAGCUUCGAGGGGCUGCGCUCCUGGGGUAGUCAUUCAUCUCUGGCGGACACCCAGCGGGUCCCAUCUCAGGACAGCUUUGACGAUGAGUAUAACAACACGCCCCUGAACCUGGGAAAGCAGGGCCUGUCUUUCAAAGACUACAUUCAAGAAAGGAAUGAGCCGGUGGAACUGGGCAAGCCUGUGAUACCAGCUGCCGUCCUGGCAGGGUUCACUGGAAGUGGUCCCAUCCAGCUUUGGCAGUUCCUCUUGGAGCUCUUGACAGAUAAAAGCUGCCAGUCCAUCAUUAGCUGGACAGGAGAUGGCUGGGAGUUCAAACUUAUUGACCCAGAUGAGGUUGCUCGUCGCUGGGGUCGAAGGAAAAACAAACCUAAGAUGAACUACGAAAAGUUGAGCCGUGGCUUGCGUUACUACUAUGACAAGAACAUUAUCCACAAGACCUCGGGAAAACGUUAUGUUUACCGCUUUGUAUGCGACCUCCACAACCUUCUGGGUUACUCUGCUGAGGAGCUCCAUAUCAUGCUGGGAGUCCAGCCUGACACUGAGGACUGAAUCAACUCUACUUUUAUUAAAGGGGAAAGGGUUGGACAUGGAGUUGCUUCAUUAACCCAUACAUCCCCAUACAUUAUGUUGCUAAUGGUACAGCCCAACUGGCUGUCAUUUGUAGUCUCUGAGCAGGUGACUGUUGAGCACUCAUUGUCACUACACUGAGGUACAGACAGAAUGUGGUCUGUUUUGGAGAGGCAGUCCCUUUCUUGGCUCUUUAGGACAGCAUGCAUAGUUGUGCGGGCUUUGUGGUUAAAGGGAGGCUAAUUUAGAAGUCCAGCAUUCCUUUUUAGGGCCACUUUGCAAGAUGUAAUUUUAAUGGAUAUGAUUUGUAUCCAUUUGCAAUCUUAUAGCAGUCUCAGUGGACAGGAGAUCAAUGUAACGUAAUAAGAUUUUUUUUGCAAAAGCCUCGUACAUGUAUGUAUAAAGUUUACAGCCGCUGAAAUGUGCACAUAUUUACUGACUGUGAAUUAUAGGGGAUAACCAAAGGAGAUUGUUUUGGAGUUGUGUCCCUCAUACCCUUAGAAAGGACUUUGAUCCUGUGGAAUGUGUGGAGCGGAAUGUCUAUUUCUAACUUUAUGGAAACGCUAAUAUUGCCUUUUACUAUUCAGAGUGCUUUAUAAUGCAUUGUUUUUGCUGACAGGCCUGCGACUGUUCAAGUGGAAUGCCAGAUAUUCUGCCGCAUUUGAGAUAGCUUGUUCAAUGUCUCGUAUUAUGCGAAAUGCGCAAGGUGUAAAAAAGGCACAAAUUCUUUAAAGAUUGAAUGUAAGAGUGUAGCAAAUUAAUUAGUAAUUUAUUUUGUCUGGAUUGCAGCUGGUCUAUCAAGGGAACAAUUUGUACCUUGAUUGUUAAAUAUAUUCCAUGUGGCCAAAGCGACUUGUGGAUGUAUUGUAAAUAUUAUAUUCUUAACCAUGUUUGUAAUUUUUUGUAUGUUUUUUUUUGCUAUUUGUUUUGUUAUUGUUGUAACAAAUAUACACUGAAUAUGUGCAGAAAGUUCAAAUCGGCUUUAAAAGUUGUUUGUGUGAGGACAGAUAUUUUUCAGUUUAAUAAAAGCUUUAUUUUUA